UUUUAGGAUACUAAAUAACAUAAUAAAGGAGUAAAUUUUGACUUCCCCAAGACUUUCCCUGAGCAAAUCCAGCUAUAGCAUUCUUACUGGAGAUAAGCCCAUUGGAAGUGUUUCACCUACUGUUCUUUGCCGUUUUUGGGCAAACGUCGCCGGAGCAACUCCAAAGCAAACGUCACAAACAGACGCAAUGGACGGAAGCUCUUUUUAAGCUCAUUUUUGGAAUAUACAUGUUGGUGUCCGUUGUAGUUUUGAUAAACCUGCUAAUUGCCAUGAUGUCGGAUACUUACCAACGGAUCCAGGCGCAAUCAGACAUCGAAUGGAAGUACGGUUUAAGCAAACUGAUUCGAAAAAUGCACAGGACGACCACCGCUCCAUCACCGAUCAACCUAAUCACGACCUGGCUGAUUUACUUCAUCCAGCUUUGUAUUGCAAAAUCCAAAAAGAAAAGGAAACGUCCCAACAUUAUCGAGGUGAUAAAGACCUUCCAAAAUGCGCACGGUCUGAGCCCGCGAUCGAAGGCGGCCGCCAAAUGGCUAUCAAAACUACGAUCGAGAAGAGUGGUGCCCCAGGAGACUACACUGGCAGUACCGACAGUUUUCAGUUCGCCCACGGCCUCGCACGUCGAUGGCCAACUUCAUCAAACCUACAUUGAACACGUCGCUGAUUGGGAAGUUGUAGCUAAUAAGUAUCGAGCCCUAAUGGGAUACAUUGAGGAAAUCAUCGAAACGAAUCAAUCAGAUGAAUAAAAUUCAUUUGCUUAUAUUAUUAAUCGCACAUAUAAUAUCCAAUGGAGCAUGUUUGUAUCUAAAUAUACAAGUUUAUCUUAUUGUUAAUAAACAC